GGUAAUAGGUAAUGUUAACCACAGUUUGUCAAUCCAUUUGGAUGAAGGCAAAUUGUGUUAGCCUUGACGCUAACUGCCAGCGACAUGUUAGCAAACUAGCUGCUAGCAUUAUGUACUUUCUCUCUUUGUGGUGGAUGUUGCAGUAUUUUUCAUUAACUAAUGAUGACAAAUUCAUGAAAUAACGUUAGCUGGGUGUCGGUAGCUAACACAACUACUGCAUAAACAUGUUUAGCUGUUCUUAGCCGACAUGACUUAACUAUAUCAACCUUGCUAUGCUGUCCACAGAAACCUGUGACUUGAAGUAUCUGGGAAGAGCCGUUACCACGGAUAAAUUCAGAAUGCUGCUACGAGUUCAGUUUGGGGGAGAGCAAAAAUACAUUAAGCUGUCUGAGCUGACAUUUGAUACUUUUUUGAAAGAAGUGUGCCUGAAAUUCAACAUACCAGAAGGCAGGCAGCUAGAUAUGAAGGUUUAUGACCAGUCUGAUACAGAGGUUGACUCUGAGGUUUUUGAAGAGAUAGUGAAGGAAUCACCUGGAGCCUUUCGAAUCAUGUUGGGCAGUGAAGGACUUGGUGCCUCGCAAUCAUCACCAUGCUCCGUAACAUCUGAGGACACUGUCAUUCUAAACUUCUCGAUGUGUGACGAUGAAGAAGCAUCUCCUGUUGGAGCAAGUCAACCCAAAAAGCCAUGUCGUAUGAACUAUGAAGCAAAAGCGUUGAUUGGAAAAAUCCUAACAUCAAGGCCUGGUGGUGAACACAUCAUGCAAGAGUAUGGAAAAACCAAAUCUUUGACAGAUGCCACUAGAAGACAGAUGAUUAACAUACUUGCUGCUGAGAUGACAGAAACACAUGGGACAUCGCCCCCCAAAAAUGUCAGAGUGAUGUAUGCACAGGGGAUAGUUGCUUUGUUUCCCUAUCUGGAAGACCCAUUUUCACAACAUGGAUAUGAACAUUACUACGAUCCAGAGAGUGGAUCUGGAUACCUUGCAUGGCGAUUGAAGACCAUUCAAAGAAAAAGUUCAGAGGAAAGAGGUGGCUCAGUUAGCAGAUCUCCCAAAGUUGGUGGGCCAAGCCAUGGUCGACAACCCUUCAUAAGUGACAAAGUGCAAUCUGAUGAUGAUGUGGAAGCAGCAAUUGCAGUUUUGAGACACUCUGCUGAUGAAGACACUAUCCGUGAGAAGAUGAAAACGACCUUCAUUUAUCGCCAAGCAAUGGUCAAUGAUGAAAGCAAAGCAGCAGAUGUCUUCUUGGUCUUUCCACGGUUUCUGGACACACCAGGACUGGUAUGAUGUCUAAAUUCACUGAAUCAUCAAAAUCAUCAAUGCAGUAUCUGGUAUCACUCAUCAUUGCUCUCUAUGUAUGUUG